UUCAGUCGCAUGAUCCGGCUAUCGCACCAUGCUCUACUUUCUCCCACCCUCUGCCCUUCUCCACAUCGUGACCCGCAUCCGUGAUCUUGAAGCGCCUGGUCAGCCUCUAUGCGUUUGCUCCGCUCUGCUCGUGCUUCUAUAUAUAUCAUGUCGUUUCUUUCUCUUAUUUUCUUUUCACCCUCCGCUCUAAUUUCAAUCGCAUCCAUCGUUUGUGCUCUGGCUGCAACACGAUCCUCUAUUCACCAGCGUCUGUCCUUGCGGAGCUACCAGCAAACGACAACUCCUGUGCUGUUCUGCGAACUGGAACGAGCCCUCGAGCCGAUCAGGAUCAACUCUGCACGUCUGCUCCCAGCUGGUGCGUUUUUAUUCUCCUUUGACCUUCGACCAUGCACUCGGGAUGAUGUAUUUUGUUCCUUGGAUGCUGUGUCUCAAUGUUGCAAACCCGAGAUCGGACCACUCUUUGCCCAUUUGUCCUUUGUAUUUGCUCUAGACUUUUUCGGUGCCUUGCCCUCUACCACCAGCCACCCUUGGCGUUUGACUGUGUGGUCAGAGUUGCAUCCCACCCCCUUCUCUUUCGUUGGCCUCAUAUUCUGUCUUGCCAUCUCCCGCGCACACCCAGGUCGCGGGCCCUGCUCUUCUUGCAUCGCCUUUUGUUGCUUGUUCCCGUCAACAGCCCAUGCUUCCAUUUGAGUUCCCACGCCCAUCCGGCAGACUUCAUACGGCUUUUUUCCAAACGAAACGGGCUGCCCCGUUUUGGGUCAGGGGUUUCGUUUUUUCUGGUCCUGAAUACACCCAUUCAUCGCUGCGCUCCG